AUGACGACUGAAGAGCCAAAUAGCGAUUUUGGAGAGGAAGCUGGAGAGGAAGCGGCUGCUGGAAGAGGUUUGUCAUCUCUACCCGGUCCAUCCUUCUCCUCCUCCUCCUCCUCCUCCACGACGACGACGGUUUUCUUUCCCGAUUUGAAUCAGUUUGAGUACGAGUUGCUGCAGCGGGGCGAAGACGACUAUGCUGUAAACGACUGGGCCCUUUCCAAAAUCGGCACCUUGCAAGCAAAGCUCGAGCAGAUGCAGCAUCUUAAGGAUACAAAGAAGUAUAGCGGCGCCAGUGGGGGUUUUCUCAAGUUUCCAAGAAGCGCAAUCUACAAUUUGGCGAACGAGGUGUUUGGAUUCAACGGGUGGUCAACGGAGAUCCUAGAGUGUACGACUCUGGAGAUACGGAACGAUGUGCCGACUAGGGUUCUCGCUAACCCGCGCAAUGAUAUCAGUGGCACCGCCGAAGACGCAAACUCGAACAGCACGGAUAAGGCCCGGUUCGUUGCCUAUUGCACCUGUCGCAUCCUCCUCACUUUAUUGGAUGGAACAUCGAAGGAAGGCCUCGGGUUCGGAACGGCGACUAACUUGCCGCAUAAAUACAUGUGCUACGCCAAGUGCAAGAAGGAGGCAGUCACGGACGCGAUAAAGAAUGCAAUUUUGGGUCUACGUGACCUAUACUUUGUGCACGAGCUGAACCAACUUUUACAAGAGUUGAACGGUGGUUGGCUUGAGAAAUGA